AUGGCACACGAUGAAGCAAUCGAAGCGCCGCGUCAGGCGACCCGCGAGGAGAUGCGCGAUGCGAAGCUCCCGCUGGCAUACCGAGACAGCUGCGCGAACCUCCUGAUUCCCCUCAACCGAUGCCGGUUCGAGACAUACUACCUGCCCUGGAAGUGCGAGCAAGAGAGGCACAGCUACGAGAAAUGUCAGUACGUCGAGUUUAAGAAGCGGGUGGCCAAGAUGGACGAGCUCAGAGCGGCCAAGGGUGGUGCGAGGAGCAAUUAG